CCUCGGUGCCGGCCCAUGCCCACUCCAGUGCCCGGGGAAGGCCCAAGAGCGGCCCCGAGGCAGGCCCGAGGCUCGGCCCGCUGCCGGCCGAGACCCACGCCUGGGCAAGGCCCACCCGAGCCGGCCGCAGGAGCCGGGCGGGGCUCGGAGGCAGCGGCGGCGGGGCCGAGCUCCGAGCUCCGCCCGCCCCGCUCCGUCACUACGCGGCGCCGCGGGUGCCGGCCGGGGUCCGCCAUGGCCUCGGCCGCGGGGGGGAUCGCGGCCCGCACCGCCGAGGAGCCGCCGCCAUCCGAGCCGCCCGCAGAGCCGAAGCCGCCGCCGCCGCCGCCGCAGCCGCCGCCCGCGCAGGAGUUCUCCUUCCUGCCGCUCGUCCACGACAUCAUCAAAUGCAUGGACAAGGACAGCCAGGAUGUUCACCAGGUGCUGAAUGAGCUCAAGAACAAGUUCCAGGAGAUGAGGAAGCUGAUCAGCUCCAUGCCUGGCAUCAGCGUGAGCCCAGAGCAGCAGCAACAGCAGCUGCAGAGCCUGCGGGAGCAGGUCCGGACCAAAAAUGAACUGCUGCAGAAGUACAAGAGCCUUUGCAUGUUUGAGAUCCCCAAGGAGUAGGAAGGGUGCAGCUCUGCUGUCGGGUCUGAGAUACUGAGAUACCUCUAUCCUGGCUGAACAGGAGAAAUAAAGGUGGCAGAAGUUUA